GAAUAAACCAUAACAUCUUGUCGAGAACGAAUUAUCAUCUGUUUCGAAUUGCUUGGAAGUCGUUAUGAAUUUGUGAUUUUAUCAAAAUUACUCCUUAUAAAUUGUCAACUCUAAAUUACCUUCAUAGAGUUGGUCCUUAGCGUCUCAAUUUUUUUUACAUAUUUCUUUCGUAUUUCAUAUACUUUUUUCAGUCGCAGUGAAACGUAAACCCUGCAGUUAAUGCAUCCCUCUCAAAUGUGUAGAUUAAAUUCUUGUUCCCAAACCAAUAAUACAUCUUGAUUUGACCAAGUUUGUACCAUGCUUGUUUAACAAAUGAAACAAAUAGAUGUUUUUCCAUUAAAACACAUUAAUUUGAUUAUAAUAAGUUUGAAAUUUUCUCAAGGCACCACCAAAGAACUCUUUCUAGGUUUAGAAUACCUUCUUCAUCAAGUUUUUAUGUGCACCAUGAAAGAAACAUAUUUCCUUGGAACACAUAUGAUUUUAGGGUUUUGUGUAUUCCUUGUCCCCAAUGUACUCCUCCCAAUCCCUUUACUUAAACUCCAUAUUAUGCCAAAUAAGUACCUCUCCUACUCCUUAAUCAACCCGGAUUUCUCACAACCAAAUCCAACGGUCAGGAUCAGCUCGCCAGCAAAAGCGCUGAAAUCGAGCUCUCCACCCUAUGUUAAAAAAGAAAAAAAGCCCACAAAAUAAAAUAAAUCGACAACACUACGGUUUACGAAAUUACAAUAUCACCCCCAAGGCACCGCUUCUCUCUCAACCUCCCCCAUUUUCAUGAUUCUUCUCCGCCUCCUCCUGCCUUUCUCCCUUUUCUCCAUCUCCUCUCAGCGAUCGGAAUUUGUAGUCCGACGACGACGCGGAGAGUCGGCCGGUGAACUCCGUGCAAUAUAUAUAUAUAUAGAGAAGGGAACCCAGCUCGUAAUCGCGUGGAACAGGGAAUCAAGCUUCGUUUUUUUUAAUGAUUUAAUAUUGUCUUCCACAAUCUUUUGCUCCGUUUACUUCCAUCGGGUUCUCGCAGACGAUAAGGUAAUGCGUUGUCUUUGUUGCUUGGCGAUUGAGGGUUUGAUCGGUUGAGCUGGUUCAAUCGAGAGUUGGGUUGAUGGUGGGGUUGCUUCUGUUUUUUCGUGCCAAUGGGGUUCUCGGGAGCUGGUAUAUGAUGGAAGAAUCGGGGAGGAAUAUGCUUCGUGUUUAUUGGAUUUAUUGUGUUGUGCGUCACUUUUUGAUUUUGGUGGAGGUUGGUUUUUUAGGAUGGUAUUGCCGCAUUUGUAAUGCUUGUUUGGGCUUCUCUUUAGCUCGGUGGUAUUUGUUAGUGAUUCUCAGCUGAAAUCUAUUGGCAUGAAUUGUUUGAUUGUUUCGAAUUGAAUCUGUAAGUUCAUUUGUUUUGUGUUGCAUAGAGUUGGAAGAGUUGUGGAACGUUUAUGUAUGGGGGGUUAUGCUUGAUUACAACUAAGUUUUGACUUGGAUUUCUGGGGUAUGUAUCUUAUAUGAAUUUGACCUAAAGGGUUUGUCUUGGAGGAGCUUUAGAGCAUAUUAAUGAUAUUGGACGGAUUCUUGAAUGAUCGGGACUUUCUAAGAUAAAGGAGUAGUCUUUAGCUCUGAAUGACUUUGUUUUUUCCUUUCUUUUCUUGAUAAAUUUCUCCUACUGUUCUCAACGUAGUUUGUAUUUUGUUUUCAGAUGGGUAGCAAACAAAUUGAUACUGCUACAAAUGCUACUGAUUUGAACUCCAUUGUCGACAACAAUGCCAUAAAUGAUUGUGUUCCUACUAGUGAUAACGAGAACAGUCAAGUUCACAAAUCCAAUGAGGCUGUCAGGACCUUGCACAAGGUGGCAUACGUUUAUAGGCAAGAUGUGGUAAAGCACAGGAAAACUGGUUUAAUAGGGAUAGUAGAUGAGGUGGCGGGUGACUCUGAUUCAGACAGUAGCAUCACUGAUGACGAUGACGACGAUGAUGAUGAAGAUGAUGGUCUUGACGAGGAGGAUGAUGGUCAAGGUGAUACUGCUGAAGGCUGUACCAACAAUGACAAUGAGAAUAGUGACCGGAAGAAAACCGGAGGGAACCGUAAAAAAGAAGCGCUGCAGGCUGAUCAGGUUCGAGUACUUUGGAUGCACGAAAUGGAACAAGUGCAGAGCAUUAAUGAUGUAAAAGUCAUCGAUCGGGGUUUCUUGCACGGUGAUUAUUGUGCUUCUACUUCAGACCCAACUGGGCAAGUAGGAGUUGUGGUGGAUAUCAACGUCUCUGUUGAUUUGUUAACUCCUGAUGGUUCUGUAGUGAACAAUGUAUCAUCCAAAGACUUGAAGCGGGUAAGGGAGUUUGCCAUAGGUGAUUAUGUAAUACUUGGCCCUUGGCUCGGUCGAGUUGAUGAUGUCAUGGACAAUGUGACUGUUUUAGUGGAUGAUGGUUCGGUCUGCAAAGUAUUGGGUGCUGAACCACUCCGUCUCGAACCUAUUUCCAAGAAGUUCUUCGAUGAAGGUGAUCAUUUCCCUUACUACCCUGGGCAGCGUGUCAGGGCCAGCUCAUCCUCGGUAUUCAAGCAUUCCCGGUGGUUAUACGGUUUGUUUAAGCCUAAUAGAUUAGAAGGAACUGUUACCAAAGUCACAGCAGGAUCUGUAUUCGUCUAUUGGAUAGCUUCUGCUGGCUAUGGUCCAGAUUCUUCAACAGCACCUGCCGAAGAGCAGAACCCUAAAAAUCUAAAACUGCUGUCUUGCUUUGCUCAUGCCAAUUGGCAAGUAGGAGAUUGGUGUCUUGUCCCCCCAGCUGUUUUAAAAUCAUCCUCCAUCACUACAGACAGCGAAUUGUCCAAUUUAGGACUCUGUGAUUCGGCAAAAGGUAAAUUGGUUUCUAGUCAACUAGGAAAAGAUUGUGAGCCUGAAGAAGUUCGAUUAGAGGAAUUGGGUGACAAUAAGGAAGCCAUGAGCAUCGAUCCAGAGGUGCCUCCUAGUGCAGAUACCACAGCUAAAACUGGAAGUAACAAAGAGUGUCAGGAAUCAAGCUCCUGCAGUAGUUCUGCAUCUGAUUCAAAGGAGCCAGUGCAUGAAACCUGGCCACUUCACCGCAAGAAGAUACGUAAAGUUGUAGUUAGGAGGGAAAAGAAGCAUCGAGCUAAGGAAGAAAAGUUUGAAAGUUCAUUUCUUAUUUUCAAUACAAGGACAAGUGUUGAUGUUGCUUGGCAGGAUGGAAGUUUGGAACGUGGAAUAGAUUCCACCAAAUUAAUUCCGAUCGAUAGUCCUGGCGAUCACGAAUUCCUCUCCGAACAGUAUGUGGUGGAGAAGGCACCUGAUGAUACUGAAGAUAACAAUUCUUCUGAAGUAAGACGAGUUGGGGUGGUGAAGAGUGUUAAUGCAAAGGAAAGAACAGCACUUGUAAGAUGGUUAAAACCAGUCGCUAGGGCUGAGGAUCCUCGUGAGUUCGACACGGAGGAAAUCGUGAGUGUGUAUGAGCUUGAGGGGCAUGCUGAUUAUGAUUAUUCUUAUGGAGAUGUUGUUGUGAGAUUGUCUCCAGUUUCGGUUUCUUCACAAACUAUCGUUGAUCAGCAGCCCGCCUCUCACGAGCCAGAGCAACAAAAUUUGAUGGAUGAUGAUGCUUUGUGUACUGAGGAAGGUGCAGAGAAAUCAGAGUUUGUGAUACCUGGGGAGGAAGCUAGUAACAUGGACUGCUACUCAGAUCUCUCUUGGGUUGGGAACAUAACUGGUCUCCACAAUGGCGAUAUUGAGGUGACAUGGGCUGAUGGAAUGGUCUCUACGGUUGGACCUCAAGCUGUUUUUGUGGUUGGCCGUGACGAUGAUGAGUCUGUUGCUGAUGGUAGCGAAGUGAGUGAUGAUGGUGCUAGUUGGGAAACAGUUAAUGAUGAUGAAGAUGACGAUGAAGAUGAGAUGGAUGCCCUUGAGAAUUUUGAAGAGGAAGAACGGUUGCAAAAUGCAACCAACAUGAACUCUGACGCGGAGGACAAAGUGGAGAAUAGCAGUACUGGGAAAAGUCCAGCAGUUUCACUGUCCUUGGCGGCAUUUGGCUUUGUUACAAGAUUGGCUACUGGACUAUUUUCACGUGGGCGGAAAAGUUCAGAUGCAGAGCUACUAGAGAACAGAAAUGAAUCUGAAUCUCAGGGAUUGAUCUCUAUUGUUGAAGAAAGAAAUUCCAGUGAUGCUUCUGGCUCCCAGAAGUCUAAUGUGAGUGAUUCUGAAAGUCCACAUAGGGAGGACAAAGUAAACGGGCUUAUGGAAGUUACUGCAUCACCGCAACCUUUAGACGAAUCGAAGGUUGAGCCCACAAAUACAGCAUUGAAACAUGUUGAGGAGGAUGCAAGCAAAUUCAAACGGUUUGACACAGCAAAAGAUCCUUCUGACCAUUAUUACGUGGGAUCAGUUGGACAGUCUAGCAAUAGCCGGAAGUGGUUGAAGAAGGUACAGCAGGAUUGGAACAUUCUUCAGAACAACCUUCCAGAUACUAUCUUUGUACGGGUAUACGAAGAUCGAAUGGAUCUUUUGAGGGCAGUAAUAGUUGGUGCAUAUGGAACCCCUUACCAAGAUGGGUUGUUCUUUUUCGAUUUCCACCUUCCGCCAGAGUACCCUGAUGUUCCACCGUCAGCAUACUAUCAUUCUGGUGGUUUGAGAAUAAACCCGAAUCUUUAUGAAGAAGGCAAGGUCUGCCUUAGUCUUUUGAAUACUUGGACCGGCAGAGGGAAUGAAGUUUGGGAUCCGAAUUCUUCUAGUAUCCUGCAAGUCCUCGUUUCACUUCAAGGGCUAGUGCUGAAUUCUCGGCCUUAUUUCAAUGAAGCUGGAUAUGACAAGCAAGUUGGGACUGCUGAAGGAGAAAAGAAUUCACUUUCCUAUAACGAGAACACGUUCUUACUGAGCUGCAAGUCCAUGAUGUAUCUCAUGCGAAGGCCUCCGAAGGAUUUUGAGGAGCUUGUGAAAGAGCAUUUCAGGAAUCGCGGUCAAUACAUUCUCAAGGCGUGUGAUGCAUACAUGAAAGGGAGUCUGAUUGGGUCUCUUAAGAUGGAUGCGUCUGUAAGCAACGAUGCUAGUUCCAAUUCAAGCUCAGUUGGUUUCAAGAUAAUGCUCGCUAAGAUCGUCCCCAGACUAUAUUCAUCACUGAGUGAAAUGGGAGCCGAUUGUGAAGAGUACAAGCAUUUGCUACAGUUGUAGCAGGCUGCUAGGAGCAUGAUCUGAUUUUUUGGCCUUCAAUCUUCGUUCCAACAUUUGUGGAAGCCAAAAGUCGAACAAAAGAAGGGGAGAAGGUUUUUCUCUCUCUGGAUUGAAUGAUUGUGUUUUCAAAAUCACAGAUAACUUGUAAAUUCAGAUUGGCUUUCUCGACGAGCCUCUGAUAGUUUUAGGAUCAUGCCUGGGUCAAGCUUUGGCUGUGUUUCUUUUUUGUCAUCACAUUCACAUGAUUGGGAAUGAACAAUUCUAUUUUAUACAAUUUGUUUCAUUCCUUCUCUACUUGAAUUGGGAACAUUGCUCUGCUUGACUGCGUUGUUUGAAGUCUCUUCUCUGGGAUCUUGAAGACCAAAAGGACUUUGGUUUCUUCUAUGUUAUGGACUUACGGUAUUUUAGUUUAAGGGAAAAGUAUUCCCUCACCACUUGAAUUGUAAUCUAGGAUAUUUACGUGUAAGAAAUGAGAGUCAAGAAC